CGCGCCCCUGCUCGUGCGGCCCAGUUUACCUGUCGUCAGCGGGCGCUCGCGGCUGUGACCGUUAUUUGGCGCCUCCGCCGCGCGUGCCCGCUGCCUGGUAACGGGGCCGGCGAGAGCGGACGGGCGGGCGAGCGAGCGCCUGCAUCCCUCAGGAUGAAUGGCUUCUCCCUCAGCGAGCUGUGCUGGCUCUUCUGCUGCCCGCCGUGCCCGAGCCGCAUCGCAGCCAAGCUCGCUUUCCUCCCUCCCGAGCCCACCUACUCGAUGCUGGCGGAGGAGGCGAGCAACACUUUGCACCUGUCGGAUCGGGCCGACUGGCAGUACACGCAGCGGGAGCUCGACUCGCUGGAGGUGUUCUUCACUAGCACCAGCCGCGGCACCCGCAUCGGCUGCAUGUUCGUCCGCUGCGCCCCUAACUCCCGCUACACGCUGCUCUUCUCGCACGGCAACGCCGUGGACCUGGGCCAGAUGUGCAGCUUCUACAUCGGCCUGGGCUCCCGCAUCAACUGCAACGUCUUCUCCUACGAUUACUCGGGUUACGGAGCCAGCAACGGGAAACCGUCCGAGAAGAACCUUUACGCUGACAUUGACGCAGCGUGGACGGCGCUGAGGACAAGGUAUGGUGUUAGUCCGGAGAACAUUAUUCUGUAUGGUCAGAGUAUUGGCACGGUUCCAACAGUUGAUCUUGCAUCCCGUUAUGAAUGUGCAGCUGUUAUCCUCCAUUCGCCUCUUAUGUCUGGCCUGCGUGUGGCCUUCCCUGAUACCAGGAAAACAUUCUGUUUUGAUGCAUUUCCAAGCAUUGACAAGAUAACCAAGGUAGCUUCUCCCGUGCUGGUAAUUCAUGGUACUGAGGAUGAAGUGAUUGAUUUUUCCCAUGGUCUUACAAUGUACGAGCAAUGCCCAAGAGCAGUGGAACCCCUCUGGGUCGAGGGAGCCGGCCACAAUGACAUUGAGCUUUACGCGCAGUACCUUGAAAGAUUGAAACAGUUCAUUAGUCAUGAACUGCCUGUUUCUUGAAGACUCUGUGGAUGUUUCCGAGGCAAAUGUGAAUAGAUGAACUGCUUUAAUUUGCACAUGGUCAAACUGGACCACUGUGGCUUCUGAGGACACAAGAAGCUAUCACUUUUCAGGCUGAUUCAUUUGAGAAACAGCACAAAAUCGGUAAUUUUUAUACCAGGAAAAAUCCAUAUGAUUUAUGUAUCUUGCACAUGAAAUAAUGUUCACCUACUGUAAUUUUAAAUAUUUUCUGAUUGUUAUUACGUUUAGUAUUUCCUGAAUUACAAAUUAUUGUUUAACUGUCUGGGGAUAUAAGCUGUUCAGCAUCCUGGCAACUAUUUUCCUGAUUUUUUUAGUAGAAAUCUCUCUUUGGUCACUUAAUAAAUGUAUGAGUAUGGUCAUUGGUGUACUCUACACAUUAAAUUUCUUUUAUAUUGGAUGAUUGAAGCUUGAGAUGAGUACAACCAGCUGCCAAUACUGUGUUUAGUCAUAAUGACCAAAGAUUACUCUCAACCCUUUAUUUUUUUGCAACUAGUUUAUAAACUGGAAAUUUAUUGUACAACGUAACAUGACAGAGUAUGCGAUUGUGAAUAAGUAGCUAAAACAGCCUUUCAUUGAAAGAUGAUUAAACCAAUGUGAUUAAUUAAUCUGAAUGUUUAUUACCUUCUAGAUAUUUAUAGUAUUGUCCCUAAGUAUUGUAUUUGUAAAACUCAAUGAAAUUGAAAGGAAACUCCAUUUCAUCACUAAUGUUCUUUAAAGUGGUCACGAUAUUUCCAUAUUAAAAUUGUUAAACAAUACCUCAUACUUCCCUAAUGGUGCAAAACAUGGUACAUGGCUGCUUACUUUUUCACAUGUGUAAAGUUACGAACUAACUGACAGUUCUUGCGUAUUGUAUUUCAGGAGAGGAGUUCCAAAAAUAAGUGUUGUGUCUUCAUCUUAAAUAGUAUUGCUUCUUCAGUGAUAUCUUUCAAGGUUAUAGGAACUUUUCAGUUUCAAGUGUUGAAUUGAUGUGAUAACUGUCUUAUUAGCUUUAUCCUGUGAGAUGUUUUCAUUUGUAUACCCUGAAUUAAUUACACAUUCAACUUUAAAAGAUGUACAGCCAUUUAGUUUCAAAAAAUCACAUAUCAAUUAUCAAUAUGGGAACAGUUGGAAAGACCAGAAAUUUGAGGUUGAUUUUGACCUUGGGAUUGUAUUGAAAUAUCCAGAAAUAAUGCAAGACAAUGUUAAACAAACUGAUCAAAGCCUUAAAUGUAAUGAGGACCUCUGUAUAUUUGAUUUCAAUACCAAUUGUUGUAAGUUAUACAUAAGCAACAAAUUGUCGCAAUGGAAUGAAAGAUGCAUGAAAUGUAGAAAAAAAAAUUAAAGUCAACAUUGUGUAAAGUAAGAAACAACAAGAAACCAAUUUCAGCCUUUUUGGUGUAAUCAGUUUAAAAAAUGAUUCAAAAUAUGGAUUAAACAGGAAAUAUUGUGCAUAAUAAACCUAUUGACGACA